CUUCAAUCGGCUAAACAGUACACAUAAAGUCUGGAAUUGAAGACACGUUCAAACUUAAUAAAAUAUGGUGUCUUUACAGUGGUUCAAUCUUCUUUUGGUCCUCUCGCUGACUCAGUUAGUAUCAGGAUGUACGUUUAACUUGGAUACAAGUUCGCCUUCGAAUCCACCUCAUUUGAUCGAUGCCAAUAACAAAAUUAUUUUGCCGGUGAUGGUUGGCUCGUCGCGAGUCAUCACACUCAGCACGGACGAGAAGGUGGCAGUUGGAUGUUUGGGAACAGGCAACUACAUCCAAACAACUGGAAUGCAAUUGGCUCCGGCCACUUGCCUUUCCAACUCCAAACUGCUUCUGGUAGACGGCCGUGAACUGUCGUAUUCUCAGCUGGGAUGUUUGAAACAGAACAAAGAAAUCCUUCUCGAAAAUGGCACUUGCGCUAACGGACUGGGCACGAACAUCCGCAUCGGAUGGCAAGCCGGACCUGAAUUUAUUCCUCUUUACGACACUUGCCACGAUAAAGUGGCAGCCGCCAAUUACUUCUCGACGAGUUUCAUUCACGGCAAGUCGGCGGCCGCCGACGAUUCGGCUAAUGAACGGCCUUCGUUCAGCCAAGGUGGCUAUUACCCAGGCCUCGAUGUGAACACCGCCUACAGCCAAACCCAACAAACUCAGACGAUUGCCGACAUUGUGGGAUCCACUAGUUUGGCUAAUCAAUACGUUGUAGCCGGAAGUCAAGUUUUCCUGUCCAGGGGUCACAUGGCUCCGGAUGGCGAUUUCAUCGACGCUGCGAGCCAAGACGCGACUUAUUAUUUUUUGAAUGUAGCCCCACAGUGGCAGAAUUUUAACGGUGCCAAUUGGAACGUAUUAGAGAAUGCUGUUCGAAAUUUGGCAACCAGCAGAGACGUGAAACUGACGAUCUACACGGGAACGUUCGACAUUUUGACAUUGGCUGAUAUCAAUGGCGUCCAACAGAAAAUCUAUUUGGAGUUUGAUGCGAACGGCAACGGCCUCAUUCCCGUACCGAAAUAUUAUUGGAAAUUGAUUCACGAUCCUUCUACACAGACAGCGACGGCCGUGCUGGGCAUCAACAAUCCGCACAUUGGUCAAGUUCUACCGGCAGAUGUCAUCUGCCCCGAUGUGUGUAAUCAAGUGCCCUGGGUUAACUGGGCCUUGACCGACAUUUACAAAGGUUAUACCUUUUGUUGCACUGCAGCCGAAUUGUUUAAAGCCAUUAAUUUCGCUCCGGAUUUGGGGGAUCUCCCGCUGUUUGUUUGAAAUUCAUUUCGUGGCAAAAGUUUUUUUUUGAACUUGGCAUUUUUUGUUUUAAUCACCUUGCUAUAUAUCUGCAAUAUUUCUAAAGGUGAUAAAAAAGAGCUAA